AUGUUUGAUAUUGAUAAAAUUCAUCGAAUAUUUUUGAGGGAAGAGACGUGGCUGAAACGCAAAAAUUUGAUGAAGAAAGAAACUUCUCAAGAUAAUCAUCUAUCACCCAUUAACAUAGCCAAUGAUUCCGUAAGUAAAACAAAGGUAAAUGCAACUGAAGAUGAACGUGAGAUGCAUCGAGAUAGUAUGCGUAGAAAUAGCAGUCGACAUGGAAGUAUUGCUAUUGGCGUUGACAACGAAGGUUUAAUCUUUCGUUACGAUUACUCUAAGUCAUAA